AUGGCCAUGGCCGCUCCCUCUCUGCUCUGUUCGGGCGUCCGACGCCGCCUGCUGCAGCUCCCAGACGUAGCGAGACUCACUCGGCCCACCGCAGCUGCUGUCGCCCCCUCUACAUCCAGCAUUGCAUCGAGAUGUCUACCGCCGAGGAGCUACCGGCCUGCUACCAUCACUGCAGGCCAGCGAAGAUCCAUCUCCAGCACUGUCUCGAGGCGACUCGCCAGCGUGAACGAUGACUACUCCAGUGCCUUGCACGCAGAGCGAGAAGCGGACGAGGUGGAUGUGUGUAUCGUGGGUGGCGGACCUGCGGGUCUGAGUGCUGCGAUCAAGCUCAAGCAGCUGGCCAACGAAGCAGGCAACGAGGACUUCCGUGUGCUGCUGCUCGAGAAGGCCGGGGAGAUUGGCGACCAUAUUGUCUCCGGAAACGUUCUGGAGCCCUCUGCUCUUGAUGAGCUGCUUCCAGAUUGGAGAUCGGAAGACAAUCCCUCGCGAUUCGAGAACUUCACGCCUGCAGCUACAGAUCGUAUGCGAUUCUUGACCAAGGGCAGCUCCAUCCCUAUGCCCAAACCUCCGCAGAUGAACAACCAUGGAAACGUCAUCGUAAGUCUGAACGAGCUGAGCAAAUGGCUGGGCGAAAGAGCAGAGGAAGUAGGUGUCGAGAUAUAUCCUGGCUUUGCGGCGUCUGAAGUGCUAUAUACAAAAGAAGGAGCGGUGCGUGGAGUUGCAACCAACGAUUUGGGCAUUGCACGGGAUGGCACACCCAAGGACUCAUUCGAGCGCGGAAUGGAGUUCCACGCGAGAUGUACUCUACUCGCCGAGGGCUGUCACGGUAGCUUGACAAAGCAGGUGAUCAAGAAGUACGACCUUCGAAGAGACAGUCAGCCACAGACCUACGGACUAGGUAUCAAGGAAGUAUGGGAAAUCGAGCCCGAAAAGUUCGAGAAGGGUCUCGUGGCACACUCGAUGGGAUAUCCCCUACCCUACGAUACUUACGGUGGUGGCUGGAUGUAUCAUUUCGGCGAGAACAUGGUCUCCAUUGGAUUGGUGGUAGGACUGGACUACCCGAAUCCAUGGAUGGCACCGUAUGGCGAGUUCCAGAAGAUGAAGCAGCAUCCAUUCUACAGGAAGUACCUAGAAGGCGGCAAAUGCAUUUCGUACGCCGCUCGAACACUGAAUGAGGGAGGCUUCCAGAGCAUUCCCAAGUGCGCGUUCCCAGGCGGAGCUCUCAUUGGCGACACAGCAGGCUUUCUCAACGUUCCAAAGAUCAAGGGAACGCACACUGCCAUGCGCUCUGGCAUGCUUGCUGCAGAGGCUGCUUUCGAUGCGCUGGCGACGACAAAGGACACAGAAGGAGCGGUCUUUCUCUUCGACUACGAGGACAAGCUUCGCAACAGCAGCAUCUGGUCAGAGCUGAAGCAAGUACGGAACAUGCGGCCUAGCUUCCAUUCGCCUCUCGGUCUAUACGGCGGUAUCCUCUACUCCGGCCUCGAAGCCUACAUUCUCCGCGGCAAAGCACCCUGGACACUUAGCCACGGCAAGGGCGAUCACGCCGCCACCAAGACAGCAGAUCAAUGCCAGAAGAUCGAAUACCCCAAGCCGGACGGCAAAAUCUCCUUCGACAUUCUCACCUCGGUCUCACGCACCGGUACGAACCACGAAGAAGAUCAGCCCUGUCAUUUACAGGUCAAGGACUGGGAUAAGCACGCAGAAAUGGAAUGGCCGAAGUACAAGGGGGUGGAGAAUCGCUUCUGUCCAGCUGGAGUGUACGAAUAUGUUGAGGACGAGAGCAAAGACCUUGGCGUCAGAUUCCAGAUCAACGCCCAGAAUUGCGUGCAUUGCAAGACGUGCGAUAUCAAAGUUCCGGAUCAGGACAUCAAUUGGCAGACACCGCAGGGUGGGGAAGGGCCAAAGUAUGUGAUGACUUGA